CCAUGAGCCUCUAACCCGUGACCGUCAUGCGGGGUUUUGUGCCCCUCUCUGCUCUCCGGUACUCUGAAGCCAAAGAUAUUUGAGCGCCGAGGAGGCAGAGAGAACACGUCGCUCCAGGACCAGUCGUCUGCAGUUUGAUUGAUGCGGUGCAAUAACACAGACGGGAUGCCUCGAGGAGACUUCAACAUCUACUUCGCCAGCAGCAGACGAGGAUCUGUCAGAGCUGAGGAGGCAUUGGGCAUCGUCCUGCUGGUGGUCAUCCUUGCUGCACUUCUCAUCCUGGGCUGCUGGUAUUUCAAGAAGAGGAGCGGCUACAAAUUAAUCAGGAGCCCCAGGUCUGGGUCGCCUCGAUUCACAGGAGGACACUUCUCAGAGGCUGGACCCUCGUCGGAAAACAAAAUGCCUCUCACUGAUUUCGGCAGCUUCCGUUCUGCGAUUCCAAAUGCUCCACCAGCCUACGAGAAGAUCUCAUCAGGACCACUCCCACCACCGUAUUCCCCCUGAAAGAAGACACGCAGACAUCCAAAGAAGACCAACCAGAGACUCCAAACCUGAUUCGUUCCCUGUUGAUGCCUUCACAUUUUAGCCCACACGUAGCCAAAUUAUUUGUCAUGACAUAAGACAAUCCAAUAAAGAAGAUUUUUCACACGCCUAUUUAGAGACAGAUGCAUUGUUUAAUGUCAAGCAAUGAUGCCCACAUUUGUUAAAGAAAAUGUACCUUAACAAAUCUUCCACAUAUAUAUGGUAAAAUA